AUGCUGGACACCGCUCUGGCCGCGGUUCGCCAUGCCGUGGCUGCCACGGCGGGGAGCGAGCACAAUCCAGUCCUGCUGUCGGAGGUUGGGCCCCGUUGGGCAUCGUUGCUGGACAAGCAGCUGAAUAACAUGCUGGCCGCGCAGUCCAAGGAGCCCUUAUUCUUCUGGCAUGGUCCCAAACGAUAUGUGUCAGCACAGCUGCAGCGUCUCUUCGGGAGAGGGCCCUGGCACGAGAAGCUCAAGGAGCUCGCGCAGCUGCCAUCCCCGAGCCUUUCGGCUUUGGUGGGAGAGGCUCAGAACACGAGGAAUGCCGGCGAUGCGCAGUCUGCAUUCCUGAAGUCACUUCUUUGUCCGUGGGAGGGACGCCUUCCUUUAGUUGGCCUUGCCGUCGAUGAGAGCUACUGCUCCAAAGGCCUAGCCAGAGGGCUGUGUGGCCAAGCCAUUCUCGCCUUGGCUGUGCUUGUCGGCACCGCGGAUUGCCGGCAACUUGUCGCAGGCGAUGAGAACAGCGGCGUAGCACCCUACGCCGUCCUGCACCUGCGGGUUGACAGGGCCCAUGGACUUCCAGCUGCCGACUUCACAGGCCUGUCAGAUCCCUAUGUGAAAGCGCAGCUCAACGACAGGGACUUGGCAGAUGUUCGAACGAAGACCCAGAAGCAGACUCUGGCGCCAAAGUGGCAGGAAGAGUUCCACAUCCGAGUCUUUCGGCCAGGAAGCGUCUUGUCCAUCUAUGUACAUGACGAAGACUUCGGCGAGGCGGCGAAAGUUGGCUUUGCGGGAUCCUUCAUAGGUCUCAGUGAUGAUUUGCUAGGAUACGUCGACAUUUCGAUCGAACAACUUCCCCUGAACACCAAAGUCUCUGGUUGGUUCAACUUGUGGGACCCUGAGCAUGACCAUCGACUACUCAACUACAAGUCCCGUGCUUCGAAUUUGGAGAAAGGCAUCCGCCCACAAACCGUCGGGCGGAUUCGACUUCAGCUGACGCUGCAUGUUGCUCAACCUCAGCAUGAGCUCUUUGCGCAUUGUUUGGGGCCCCCGGCCUUCGCAGAGCCUCUCGAGCAGUUGAGCUUUGCAAAGGUACUUGGAGAUGUGACGGUCAUCUCUCAUCUGAUUCAAGAUCUUCAUUGCUCUUUUAGUCCUCUCUUGGAGCAUGCAGAGCGCUUCAGCAGUCUCCUGUGGGCUACGGUGCUGGUCUUGGUUUGGAAGCCACAGUUUAUUCUUCCACUCUUAAGCUCGACAGCUUGCGUGCUGGUCUUUGCCUGUAAGCCAGAAGCCCCUGACAGGGAGGACAAGGAGGCAGAGGAGGGAUACAGGGACGAUCCCGACUCCCAAGCGCCAGUACAGCCGACGGAGAAGGAGCCCGACAUCACCAGCGACCCAGCCCUCUUGAAGGUCUUUACAGCUGCAGAAGCGGGUCUUCCGCCCGAACAGUACAGUGAGUUCGCCUCUGCGCAGACGAAUCUGGAUCAGGUGGUGGUGCUGGUUCGUGGGUUUGAAGCUGGGAAAGCCAUGCUGCUGUCUUACAGACUUCCCGUGUGUGGUGGGCUUCUGCUGCUCACCGCGCUGCUAAUUUAUCUUAGAGAAUGGCAGGGCCUGCUGAUUCGCCUGCUGCUGACGGCUGCCGUGGGAUUUGUUUUGCUCGAUCAGUCCUGUGUCGCUCGAAUUGCAAGAGCCUUCUGGGCCUACAGGGCUCGCAA